GCCGGCAACAGCUGUGGCAGGCCGCGAAAAUAAAGAUUUAUUAUAAGUUCUGGUGUUGCAGAAAACUCCCUAUUGUCGAGAUUGUGUGAAACGACCAGCUUAGACUUUGUGAUAUCAUGUUAAUACCCUUUCCUCAAUCUGCGCAGCCGUCGUAAUCAGCAAGAAGGAUGGCGAGCGAGCGUGGAUGGCAGCGCGAGCUCAAAACUCCUGGCGAGCGGUUGGCUUCCCUGCUUGGCUCGCCCAAGUUCUCGGACAUCGAGCUCGUGUUCUCUAGCGACCACGGCUCCAUCAUGGCGCACCGCGUGGUUCUGGCUAUGAGUUCGCCGGUGUUCGAGGACUUGCUGUACGGGAGCCGCGCCGCCAGCAGGACGCUGCGGAUCUACGAGGAUCACCCGGAGGCCUUCGCCUGGAUGCUGGGCUACAUGUACUGCAACACCAAGAGUUUCCCCAGCCUUUCGCUGGCAAUCGAGGUUAGCCGCUUGGCAGACAAGUACCAGAUGGAUACCCUGGCCGAACUUUGCUCUCAGUACAUGGAGAAUAAUCUGAACGAAAAGAAUCUUGCUGAAAUUUACAAUGCUGCCGUGAGCUUAAAGAACCCCAGCCUACUUCGGAGCUGCUCCCGGAUCGUACGUGGUCGGACUUCAACGGUCCUUAUGGAGCCGAACUUUGUCAGGCUAAGUCAGGACGCGCUGCUCCAUCUUCUACAGACAACGCUUUACGUUAGCUCAGAAGUAAAGAUCUUCCGUGCUGUGAUUACUUGGACCAAACAUCAAAUUGACAGACGUGGUGCCCCGGCUUCGAAUGCUGCUCUGCGUCGAGAAAUAGAACCAUUGCUGCCUCAUAUACGCUUUCUCUCCAUGUCAACUGACGAGUUUGUUUCACACAUCAUGCCAUCAGGAGUCCUCACAUCUGAUGAGAGCACAGCCAUCCUCUUGGCUAUCAAGGAGAGUGGGAGCCUCCACGAGCUUCCGUCCAUCUGUUGCAACAUCAAGGAGAGGAGAGAACAAUUCGACAAAUCCCUUAUCAAGAGGCUACCUCUGCCUGAUGUGACCAAGGGAGGAAUCAGUUCUCACACCUACUCCUAUGAGCACCAUGUGCUGAUAGCUAACCUCAAGAGCAGCAAGACCAUUCAUCUACAUCAUGUAGAAUACAAGGCACUCAGGAUAUCCAGCAUGAUAGCCACAGUGAGAGACCCUGCUAAACAAGUAGUUGGGGUGUACACAUCUGUGAAGCCAAAUGGAGUGUUCGAGAGAGUUAUCACCCUUCAUCCUGGCAUGCUGUGCUCAGUCACGGUGAGUGUCAUCGGAAGGAAGCAGAGUGCUCUGCACCGAUUCACUUGCAGUCACGAUGGUGUUAUCUUUGAUGGAGAGAAGGUGACAUCAUGCGAAUAUCCUAUAGUUUUGCAUUACUGGCACUUCAGUGAGUAGAGUGUUACCAAUCAGUUAUUCAUCUUUAAUCUUCUUUGCACAUAACAGAUGUUUCUUUUCCAAUAGUGCUUGAUAUGUUCUGAUUUCACGAAAGUCAAACUUUCAUCAUUGAUUGUUUUACAUACAUUAUCUAUAAGUGAAUCUGAAUGACAUUACAGGAAAAGCAAAGGAUUAUAGGAUUUUAUCAUUUUCUUUGUAAAAUGUAUACCAUUAUGUUGAAGAUUGAAUGCUUCAAUGGCAGACAACAUGGACAUCAACCAUAGAUAGAUUGUAUGGUCUUUAAUUACAAUAUGAAACAUAUACUUGGUUUAAUGUAAUCUCCUCUCCCUUACCACAUAUAUAUAUAAAUAAUAUUGUACCUGGAACACUUAUGUCAUCUGCAUAACUGAAUUGCUGAAUGGCUAUGAGAAUGGUUCAGAGGAUUAAAAUUGAGAUUGAGAACUUCAAACGCUUUUGACAACCUAUUUUCAAAUUACAGUUUUUACAUCACAAAAGAGAAUAC